AUGGAUUGGUCACCGAUGGCCAGAGGUGUCAUGGAUACAAAGUACCGCCUGACUGGUCUCCGCCCUGGUCAAGAUUACCUGUUCCGUGUGCGUGCGGAGACUGGACAGGGUUUGAGCGAACCCACACUGCCUGUGACCUUCUACAGACGCAUGGUCUCACCCAGGGUACCAGUGGAACGACCUCAGCUGUACGACCUCGAACCCGACGCAGUGAGGUUGUCAUGGCAACCCACAUCCACCUACCAGGCGGAAACACCGCUCCGUUACACGGUAGAAGUUCGAGAACCGCAGAUCAAGAAGUGGCGUCCAAUCGCAAGGAACAUACCAGAAACUUCUUACCAUGUGACUGGACUGAAACCCAAGCUGGAUUACGAGUUUCGUGUUCGUCCUGAAACAGACAAAGGCCUUCUGGAGCCAACGCCCUCUAUCCCACUCUAUAGGAAAAGAGUUUUACCUCCAUUGAAGUUUGUGGAACCAGUGAUCGUUGACGAUGAACCAGAAACUGUUCGUCUCAACUGGCAGCGUGUGACAGUGCCACGCCUUGACGCUGGCGACGAAGAAUUGACGUACAUGAUUGAGGCUCAGCGAGGACCCACCAUGGAAUGGCAGCCCAUCGCUCGAAACAUCCGAGACACAUCUUAUCAGCUGACAGGUCUGGGACCGUACGAGGACUACCAUUUCCGGAUCCGUGGCGAGAGUCGAGAUUUCGGAUAUACGGAGCCUUCUCCGUCUCUUCCGCUCUACAGACGACCAAUUUUGCCCAAUGUCCCAGUUUCUCGUCCAGUCAUUGAAGACGUAGACUCGACUUCUGUUCGACUCGGCUGGCAGAGGGUCCACAUCCCGUCAUUCGGAAACGAUGACUCACCACUCACGUUCAUGGUCGAAAGUCAAGAAGGACCAGGCAGUGAAUGGCGUCCAAUCGCACGAGACAUCCCUGAUACAAAAUAUGUCAUUCGUGAUCUCAAACCCCGCCAUGAUUACAACUUCCGUAUCCGUGGUAUCAAGGGCCCAGAAAUAAGUGACCCCACACCUCCACUCCCAGUAUUCAGAUCGCCAUUACAAGCUAAUUGGAGACCUAUCAGGGAAGACUUCACCAGGCCUUCCAGACCCUACUUCGAAUGCCUCACUAUCAGAGUUCCACCCAGCAUGCCCAUAGAAAAGCCCAUCCUCACUGACAUCACUGGUGACUCUGUUGGGUUGACAUGGCGACCAGCCCGAGUCCCAUCUAACUCCAAUCCUCCUUUGUACAAUGUGGAAAUCCGCAAACUCCCGAACAUGAAUUGGCAGAGACUGGCCGGAGGAUUGACCAUGACCACGUACAAGGCCACCAAACUUAACCCUGACAGAAGCUACAUGUUUCGAAUUAAGGCCGAAAAUGAGUACGGCACAAGUGGCUCCACCAUGCCAGCUUCCUUAGGCAGGCCUGGAAGUAAGUUUUUGGAUGAAAUGUUGUCAUUUGAAUUGAAGAAAUCUUACCCAGAAGAUGAGGAUGGAGAAGACCAAGGCUUUGGUCAAAGAGGUGGGUACAUGUGUGAGCAUAGAGAGUAA